GCCCUCUCACGACCAGCCUAAGAUGCAAAUCUAUCUGUUCCUUUUUGCCUGCCAGGAGGCAGAAACUAGACAGGGCUGGGAGGAGCAUCUGACUCCUGAAUGUGGGUAAUCAAAACACUUUUCGCUCUUUGUCUCCCCUCAGGAUACAUCUGUUCGGUCUUCGCUCUUUGCUGUCUCUCGUUUUGCUGAGAGUCAAGGGACGCAGUCGCCUCAUUCUGAAUUGGGAGGCCCAUCAUCGGUUUGACUAGAAGCAGCCUGUUUCUGUUGAAUCAUACUUCAGUGCUUGAUGAUGAGUCGUGGAUAUUCUGAAAACAAUAAUUUCCCAUAUGACAAUAAUCAAAUGGUUUUGGACAUGAUCCUCUGCUCUUUAAUUGGGGUUCCUCAACCUAUCAACUGGGAUAGUGUGGCAAGGCUAGUGCCAGGCUAUUCAUCCAAAGAAUGUGCAAAAAGGUUUGACGAACUGAAAAGCAGUGGAAACUCUCCAGUUGAUAACCGUUAUAGUCCACUAAUGGCCAGUGGAGGAAGCCCUGUUGAAACACUAGCCACUUAUAUAAAAUCCUCGCUUCUUGAUGCCCAGGGAGAGUUACAGGAGCCUCCUAGUGAACAAGAUGUCAUUUCCACAAACGGAAGGCCAAGUGUAGCUUCCUCAAGGAAUUGCUCUUCAGAAAGUGAGAAAUGCCCUGCACAUAAAGGUGGAGAAAAUGCUGAUGAAACACAAGGGCCAAAUAUGGUGAUCCAUGUGUGUGAUGAAGCAAAAAAUCUGAAGGAAGAUUUUGUUUGCCCACGCGAUCUUUUGAUUUCUGAAAUGAAGUACUUUGCUGAAUAUCUCUCAAUGGAUGCCCAGCGCUGGGAAGAGGUGGACAUUUCUGUUCACUGUGACGUUCACAUCUUUAACUGGUUGAUAAGAUAUGUUAAAAGGAACACUAAGGAGUAUGAGGUGCAUGAAAUCCCUGCCUUAGAGCCAAGCAAUGUUAUUUCAAUUCUUAUUUCCUCGGAAUUCCUGAAGAUGGAUUCCUUGGUGGAAAAAUGUAUUCACUAUUGCCACAAAAAUAUGAGUGCCAUUGUCGCCACGCCAUGCAACAUGAACUGUAUCAAUGCCAAUCUCUUGACACGCAUAGCUGAUCUCUUCACACAUAAUGAAGUGGAGGAGGUGAAGGACAAAAGAGAUAAAUUUAAAAGCAAACUUUUUUGCAAGAAGAUAGAAAGGUUGUUUGAUCCCGAGUACCAGAACCCAGAUUCUCAGGGCAGCGCAGCAACACUAUAUAGGUGCUGUUUAUGUAAGAAGCUUCUAAUUAAGGAAACUGAAAGAAGAAUCCCAUGUAUUCCUGGAAGGAUCAACGUGGAUCAGCAUGGAAAUAUUAUCUAUGUUCACAUAAGAGACAAAUCUUGGGACAUCCAUGAAUACUUGCUGAGUCUUUUUGAAGAAUUAAAAUCUUGGCGAGAUGUAUAUUGGCGUCUCUGGGGAACUAUCAAUUGGCUAACCUGUUCAAGAUGUAAUCAAACAUUCCUAUGUACUGAGUUCUCGCAUUGCCAGUAUCACACUCAACCAGUCCUCUACCCAGGUGUUGCAAGUGCUCUUGGUUCCCCCAGCACUGGAGUCUAUUCCUGCUGUAACCAAAAGGUUCUUAGGUUUGAUCCUGCUCCGCUUCCAAAAGGGUGUCAAGUGAGGGAUCAUGUGAUUGGUGUCCCUGCUGGAGGCGAAGGUGGGGAUGCAGUACCCUAUCAGACGGCCAAGAUACUGAAUGACCUGUGUCAGCACAGAAAUGUCAUAGUAGUGCCUUUUGAAAAAGAUCAAAACAGUGAUUCUGGAAUUGGGCUGUGUGAAGAGAAGAGUAUUGAAUGUGAUGUGCUUUUGGAGCCAAAUUCACCAUGGGGUCCCAAAACAGGAGAAAUUAAUGCUUUCCUUUCUCUGAAAAACUGGACUCUGCAGCUGAAGCAGCAGUUGUUGCUUUCAGAAGAUGACGAAUAUACAACCGGGUCUGAGGUCACGGAGGAUGAAGUGGGUGAUGAAGAAGAAGUGUACAAGAAACCAGCAGGAAGAAAAGAGAGGCCAAAGAAGUUAAGCAAGCAGCCAAAGAAGCAAGGGUCUUCUCCCAGCAUCCAAAAGAAGGAGAAAGUAUUGGAGAAGUCUAGCUCUCGAGAUGCAUCUCCUUUUGUUGUGAGCAUGCAGCAGAGUAAAUGGGAUGCUUCCAGAUCACUAAGGUUCAACCAAGAUGCUCAGAGAGAAGAAGAUCAACGGAGAAUGGCUGAGAUAACGGGGUAUCUAAUAAAAAUGAGGCUAGGAGAACUUGACCGAGCAAAAUCAAAAGAGAACAAAGAAUCUGCAGCUGGAAUUUAUGCAAGGCUGGAAGCUCAGAUCAGGGCAGCAGCACAAGCCAACACUCGCCAGAACAUCCCAGAAAAAAAUACAAGGACUAAAAACCGCUUUGGUCAAGGCCGUCCAACAUAACCAACUUGCUCCAGAACAGAAGCCAAAGCACUUUUAUGCCUUCUCAGACUGCAGUGAACUUCUGCUCCUGGGGACUCAUCUUCCUAAAGCUUUUACUUAUUUAUUACUGUAGGCCAUGUAAAUUUAUUAUCCUGUUUUAGUGGGGUGAAUGCUGAUUUUUUUUGUGUACUUAAGUUAUAAAUACACCAUUCUUGUUUGAUAUAGAAUGCAUUUUUUUUUUUUUGCUAAGCGAUGGUGCAUUUAUACAAUCUUGUGAAAUGAUUUGUAAACCCCUCGUGUUAUUGAGGGGAGCUGGGGGUGGCACUAAGGGUUGUGGUUAUCAUAUGCUGCUGCAUUUUGAGUUACCCAGCUGAUAUUUGGUUCCAUCUUUCUGCAUUAUGUCUUGUAUUUGUAUUUGAAGGGCUGGCCCUGAUUUGGCUGUGCUGGAGCUCUCUUCAGAUGAAUGCCCACACAAGCUAGUUAAAAGUUUACACUAAGUUUGAUGGGUGGGGUAACCCUGAAAUGGCUGAGUUUGACUCCUCUGCUCUUUUUCUCAGUCUGAGGAAAUAUUUUUAGGCUCUGAUAAGUGACUUCUUUGCCACUUUAUGCUGUGUUUUCCUUGAAACUUGAUUUAUUUUUGCAAUAAGCUGUGUCUACUGUAUGAUGCAUCGGGUCCUGUUGGAGAUGCUUCCAAUUGCCAACUGUGGCGUCUAUAGUGCUUAAAACAAAGAACAUUUCUGGAAGAGCAGGAGCUGCAGUCUCCAGGGCAGCAAGCUGAAUAACAGAGUCCCAUGCUGGUCUUGCUGCAAGUAGCUUAUACUGAGUUAGGUGGGCCAAUAGCAGCUCUUAGAAGAUAAUUUCACAUAUCCACAAGAGAGGAGCUGCAGCAUAUGUCUGUGGAGGAAUGUGCCAAAUACAAGUAAGAUGCAAUUGUUCAACUCUGGCAUAUCUCCUCAUGCUACCACAGUGAAAAGUUGGUGGCGGAGCAAAAAAAAAUUUGUGGUGCGUUUUCAUUAACACAUGGGAAAAGAUUUUUUAGUGGGCAUUUAUAAUUUUGCUUAGCCACAGAGACUGCAGAACGUGCAUGCAUACACUUUGCAACUUAAAAAUCAACCCUUGAUCCUGUAAUCACAAUACUGCAGGAAGAAAAGUGCUAAUGUUACAUACCAAAACAUAUUACUCAGUUUGACAUGUGUUUUUUUAUAUCUCUACAUCUCUCAUGUAGCAGAAAGUCCUAGUCAUUAAUGGGCCUUUCCACACCUAAUGUCUUACUUUAUCCACUACACUUUGAAUUCCUGUCUUUGAAAUAAAUGCCUGAUGAAUAAA